UCUGUACAAGGAGGCCAUGAUGGAGGAGCACCAGCCUCUUAUAUCACAAGAUAAUUCUAGUAAGAAUUCUGAGGGAAACUUCAUGUUAUCACUAAAUUAUAAAGCAGAAGAUGAAGAUUUCAUGCAGUGCUCUUCAGGAGAAAACCUUAAUGUACAUCCAGGACUUCACAGUACAGAUCUGUCAUAUAAUCCUCCUAAUUAUGAGGAACCUUCUCCUGACCAAUCACCGAUUGUUACCGCAAGUACAAGUCAGAAAAGGGUUAAAAGGUUUCAUUGUGGUAAAGAAUCCACAAACCGCUCAGGACUUUCUACACACCGAAGACGUCACAAAAGAAAGAAAAUGUAUUCACGUUCAGAAUGUGGGAAAUGUUUUACAGAGAAUUCAAAUCUUGUUAAACAUGAGAGAAUUCACACAGGGGAAAAACCAUAUUCAUGUUUAGAAUGUGGGAAAUGUUUUACACAGAAAUCCAAUCUUUUUAAACAUAAGAGAAUUCACACUGGGGAAAAGCCAUAUACAUGUUUAGAAUGUGAGAAAUGUUUUACACAGAAAUCAGAUCUUGUUAAACAUGAGAGAUGUCACACAGGAGAAAAACCAUAUUCAUGUUUAGAAUGUGGGAAAAGUUUUACUCAGAAAUCCAAUCUUUUUAAACAUCAGAGAAUUCACACUGGGGAAAAGCCAAAUACAUGUUUAGAAUGUGGGAAAUGUUUUACACAGAAAUCAGAUCUUGUUAAACAUGAGAGAUGUCACACAGGAGAGAAAGCAUAUACAUGUUUAGAAUGUGGAAAAUGUUUUACACAGAAAUCCAAUCUUGUUAAACAUGAGAGAUGUCACACAGGAGAGAAAGCAUAUACAUGUUUAGAAUGUGGGAAAUGUUUUACACAGAAAUCCAAUCUUGUUAAACAUAAGAGAAUUCACACUGGGGAAAAGCCAUAUACAUGUUCAGAAUGUGGGGAAUGUUUUACACAGAAAUCCACUCUAGUUAAACAUGAGAGAAUUCACACUGGGGAAAAGCCAUAUUCAUGUUCAGAAUGUGGGAAAUGUUUCACACGGAAAUCAAGUCUUGUUACACAUGAGAGAUGUCACACUGGAGAGAAGCCAUAUUCAUGUUCAGAAUGUGGGAAAUGUUUUACACGAAAAUCAUAUCUUGUUAUACAUGAAAGACGUCACACAGGAGAGAAAGCAUAUACAUGUUUAGAAUGUGGGAAAUGUUUUACACAGAAAUACAAUCUUGUUAAACAUGAAAGAUGUCACACAGGAGAGAAAGCAUAUACAUGUUUAGAAUGUGGGAAAUGUUUUUCAGAAAAAUCAAGUCUUCUAAAACAUAAGAGGAAUCACACAUGAGAGAAGCUGCAUUCAGAAUGAGAAAAAUGUUUUUGUUUCUAAAGCCAUAAUUGGGGGUCAUUAGUGAAGUCACACAAGAGAGAAGCCAUAUGGCCACAAUAUAAGGAAACAAUAUAUCACUGGGUCAUAGACAUUGUUUUUAUUUCAGGUUGUGUAUUUGGAUAUAAAAGCCUAAUUGAUGUCACAUAACGGCUUCUAUAAAACAUCUGAUAAAUCCUGUUUAGGAAGACAUAUAUUCUGUAAUUGACUUAUAUUUUAAACCUUACAGUUAACCCUUUCAGCCCCAGAGGGUUUUUCGCAUUUUCAUUUUUUACCCCCUGCCUUUCCAAGACUUUUUUAUUUUUACGUUUACAUAGCCAUAUGAGCGCUUUUUUUUGCGGGACAAGUUGCAUUUUCUAACUCCACCAUUUAAUAUUGCAAACGAUGUAGUGAGGAAUAAAAAUUCCAUGUGGGGUGAAAUUGUAAAAAAUAACGCAAUUACGUAACAAUUUUAUGUUUUCUUUUAACUGUGUUCUCUAUACGGUAAAACUGACCUGUUACUUUCAUUCUCCAGAUCAGUACAAUUAUGGUGAUACCACAUAUGUAUAGUAUUUCCUUU